GAAAAAUGCACGUGUGAUGUUGUUUUUGGACUGGAGCCUUCAUUUGUUUUCUUCCUGCUUCCCUUGUUUCAUUCCUUAUUUCCUCGAUGGAGAGUGGGAGGGAUGGAAGUGGCUGUCUAUCUUUAAUAAAUGGGCAAGAAAAAAAGGAGCAGGAUUGAAGGAGGAGGGACAGGAGUGAUAGCUCUUUGGAUUUAGAUUGGAGCACAAGCAGAGGAGGUAUGGGGGAUACAAUGAGCUGAGUGAGAGAGAGAGAGCGAGAGAGAGAGAGAGAGAGAGAGAGAGAGAGAGAGAGGGAGGGGUCGGAGUCAGGGAGUGAAUGCAGCUUGCGGUGCCUGCUGUGGAAUUACAGCAGAGAACAUUGUAAGGGACCUGAAAGAAAGCACUUUAAAAGAAAACAGAGGUUUGAAUUGGAAGUACAAAUGCGGACACGCUGAAGCGUCCAUGCCUCCUGAAGAGCGGUGGAAAAUCAAGGAGAAAAGAUUCGGCAAGAUUCAAGGGGCUCUGUCAUUUUUCACACCGUAGACUUCAGAGCAGACCGGCAAGUGCCACCCUAUUACUGGGACUGUCGCCUCACAGCCCGAAAAUCACUUUUUGGAACAACCGUACAGAACUUCUCUAAAUCUGUGACUCCAAUCGAACCUGAUUUCAGUCUAGCCAAAGGGAUAUUAGCUUAUGAAAAUGUGAGUCGAAAGACAGGAGUCACUGUCUGCUACGUCUUCUACACACCUGAGGAGUCAGACGGUGGAACUGUGGGAGUCAAGGAGGUUCACGUCCUUGGACAUCUCCUCCACAAGAACACAAGAAGAGUGAGAAGAGAGGCUCUCCUGGAAUUUCUGGGAUUGGGCCCUGCUCGUUUUCUCCUGGAUACUUGGACCUAUUAGUUGUUGAUCACAGAACUGUUUUAACUGGGAGCAAAAUACAUUGUUUCCUUUCUCUCAUCUAGCUGUAGCAGAAUUGAAGAUUCUUCAGCUUUUGAGAAGAAACAGUAGCUUGGCCUAGGGUUAGUUUCAUAGAGUUCCUAGAGUUUUCUUUCAUCCACACAUGGCCUAACAGUGUGUGUUUUGGGGGGGGGGUCAGUGUGAUGACCUGUAGUUGAAGGUGUGUGUUUGUGAAUGUACAGCUAUGGGCAAGGUCAGGAACAAGAGGCUAACAGGAAGAGGCAGCUAAUCAUUAAUGCAUACUUCUGAGCCAGGUGGUAGGUAAGUGUGUGCUUGAGUGAAGGUGCAGAUGUCAGUAAGAGUGUGUCUGAAUGUGGGUAUGUGUAAGAAAACGUGUGUUUUAUCACGUAUAGCAUAUCUUUACAAUUAGACAUGAUUGCAGGCAGGUUUUUGGGCAGGCAGAGAUAACAUCUGCAGGAGAGAGAGAUAUAUAAAGUCUGAGACAGAGAGAAAGUCAGAAAGAACAGGCUUUUUUUUUGUUCCAAUCUGAUUGUAGUCUCAAUUCCCUAGGUCUGAUCACUCCAGACUAGGCCAUAAAUAAAAAGGCACUGAGUUGUAAAGGAGAGGGAAAAUUAAAUCCUCCAUCUGGUUCACUCUUCUGUGUACGUUUUUGAUGUUAGUAGCACCAGCUAGGAUUUCACUAAGCUCUGCAGCUUGGAUAAGGUCCUCAACAAAAGACUUCCCUCCAUGAUAUUAGAGCAUUACAACCGUAGACUUCUGAGGUGCUGCUUAAGCACCCUCCUUUAAAGUCGAGCUAUUUGGAACGGUCCACUUGUAGCAGUAACAAAAGGUUUGGACAAUUGUGAUUUUCCACUCUCUCUGACCGGAACCAACAUUUCCCAAGAGGAGCGAGUUCGCCACCUAACACAGCAACUUCAUGGCGCCUUCUUCCUGACGACGCAUGCUUCACUCUGGGGUGCUCUAGGCAGCAGACGGCGUCUCCAUGAGGAGCAGUAGAAGAUGCCGGAACUGCCAGCAGUGCUGCUGUCGAUUCACGUCCACUUCCUGCUAGUUACUGUGCUUAACAUGCCGCCUUGUUCUCUAAGCCAGACCCCUGUCCUAUCAUCUGUGCGGAUUGCGGCAAUUUUGGAUGAUCGCUCUGCCUGUGGCCGUGGAGAGCGGUUGGCUUUAGCUUUAGCCCGGGAGAACAUCAACAGCGUGCUGGAGGGACCAGCUCGUGCUCGUGUGGAUGUAGAAGUCUUUGAGCUCCAGAAAGACUCUCAGUAUGAGACCACAGAUACUAUGUGCCAGAUUCUGCCUAAGGGUGUGGUUGCUGUGAUUGGCCCCGCCUCCAGUCCUGCCUCGGGUUCUACUGUCAGUCACAUCUGUGGGGAGAAAGAGAUCCCUCAUGUGAAGAUCGGUCCUGAGGAGACUCCACGGCUGCCUUACCUGCGCUUCGCGUCCGUCACAUUGUAUCCUAGCAACGAGGAUCUGAGCUUGGCCGUGGGCGCCAUCCUACGCUCUUUCAGCUACCCAUCAGUCAGUCUGGUCUGUGCCAAGGCCGAGUGUCUGCUGAGAUUGGAGGAGCUGGUGCGACGUUUUCUCAUCUCCAGGGAAACGCUGUCUGUCAGAAUGUUGGAUGAUGACCUCGAUCCCACAUCCUUACUCAAAGAGAUCCGUGAUGAUAAAAUAGCUACGAUCAUCAUCGAUGCUAAUGCUUCUGUGUCAUACCUGAUACUGAAAAAGGCGUCUGAGUUGGGGAUGACAUCAGCAUUUUACAAGUACAUUCUCACCACCAUGGACUUUCCUUUGCUGUGGUUGGAUGAUGUGGUUGAUGAACAGUCCAACAUUGUGGGAUUCUCUAUGUUCAACACCACUCAUCCAUUUUACCUGGAGUUUAUCCGGAGCCUCAACCUGUCCUGGAGAGAAGGCUGUGACCUUAACCCAUAUCCGGGACCAGCACUGUCUUCAGCUUUGCUGUUUGAUGCUGUGCACGUGGUGGCGAGCGCCGUGCAGGAGCUGAACAGAAGUCAAGAAAUCGGAGUAAAACCCUUAAGCUGCUCCUCCCCACAGAUCUGGCAACAUGGGACCAGCCUCAUGAACUACCUGCGCAUGGUGGAGUAUGAUGGUUUAACAGGCCGUGUUGAGUUUAACAGCAAAGGCCAGAGAACCAACUACACCCUGCAUAUCCUGGAGAAACAUAAAUUAGGCCACAAACAGAUUGGUAUUUGGUAUUCCAAUAACACCCUGGUCAUGAACUCAACCAGUCUGGACAUCAAUGUCUCUGAAACUUUGGCUAACAAGACCCUCAUCAUCACCACCAUACUGGAGAAUCCGUAUGUUAUGAGGAAAGCAAAUUAUCAGGAACUGGAGGGGAACGAUCAGUAUGAAGGCUUUUGUGUGGACAUGCUGAAGGAACUGUCAGACAUUCUGAAGUUCACCUAUCGAAUCAAGUUGGUAGAUGACGGUCUGUACGGUGCUCCAGAACCCAACGGUUCCUGGACUGGCAUGGUGGGAGAGCUUAUCAACAGAAAGGCAGAUUUAGCUGUAGCUGCUUUCACCAUCACCUCUGAGAGAGAGAAAGUCAUCGAUUUCUCCAAACCUUUUAUGACCCUGGGCAUCAGUAUUCUUUACCGGGUUCAUAUAGGUCGAAAGCCAGGCUAUUUCUCAUUCCUAGAUCCUUUCUCUCCAGCUGUUUGGCUUUUCAUGCUGUUGGCCUACCUGGCCGUCAGCUGUGUGCUUUUCCUCGCUGCUAGGUUAAGCCCCUAUGAGUGGUAUAACCCUCACCCGUGCUUGCGGGAGCGCCGGGACCUGCUGGAGAACCAGUACACACUAGGGAACAGUCUGUGGUUUCCAGUAGGAGGAUUCAUGCAGCAGGGCUCAGAAAUCAUGCCUAAAGCUCUGUCUACACGCUGUGUUAGCGGAGUCUGGUGGGCAUUUACUCUGAUUAUCAUCUCCUCGUAUACAGCCAAUCUGGCUGCAUUUCUGACAGUGCAAAGGAUGGAGGUCCCUAUCGAGUCACCUGAUGACCUGGCAGACCAAACCAACAUUCAGUAUGGCACUAUACAUGGUGGGAGUACAAUGACCUUCUUCAUGAACUCACGUUACCAGACAUACCAGCGCAUGUGGAACUACAUGUACUCCAAGCAGCCCAGUGUGUUUGUGAAGAGCACGGAGGAAGGCAUCGCCCGUGUCCUGAACUCCAAAUAUGCCUUUCUUCUGGAGAGCACCAUGAAUGAGUACCACCGCAGUCUCAACUGCAAUCUCACACAGAUCGGAGGCCUACUGGACACCAAGGGCUACGGCAUUGGCAUGCCUCUGGGCUCUCCCUUUAGGGAUGAGAUCAGUCUGGCUGUUCUGCAGCUGCAGGAGAAUAACAGGCUGGAGAUUUUAAAGCGCAGGUGGUGGGAGGGAGGGCAGUGCCCCAAAGAGGAGGACCACAGAGCUAAAGGUCUGGGAAUGGAGAAUAUUGGUGGGAUCUUUGUGGUAUUGAUUUGUGGAUUAAUCAUUGCUGUGUUUGUGGCAGUGAUGGAGUUUGUGUGGUCCACACGGCGCUCUGCUGAAACAGAUGAGGUGUCUGUGUGUCAGGAGAUGUUGAGCGAGUUUCGAAAUGCUGUGUCAUGUAAGAAGAGCUCUCGCUUGCGCCGCCGUCGACCUCUAUCAAGCUCUUUAGCCCUGCGUCACCCUGCCCGCCUCAGCCUGGGGACCUCACGGCCCCUGCGCCUGGUCAGAGAGAUGCGCCUCAGCAAUGGCAAGCUCUACAGUGGAGCAGGGCCCUUAACAGGUGGCUCUGGAGGUACAGGAGGACCCUCUGAACUUGGUCCUGGACCUCAGCGUCUCUUAGAGGAGCCCCUGGGGGCCAAGAGCACACCGGCAGGGCCUCUGGGCCCCCCUGCAGUGACUGUGCCUCUGCCACGAGGCUGCACUCAUGUACGGAUUUGCCAGGAGUGCCGGCGUAUACAGAGCUUACGCACAACCUCGUGCUCGCGCAUCCCUCCGUCCUCGGCACCGCUGCCUCGCCUAGCUCCGCCCCCGCCACGCUCCUCCUCCAACACAGACAGCGAGGGGGGUGGUGGGCCUAGCCCACGCCGAAGAGGCCACUCCCCUCCUCCGAGAGCCUGUGCACUCCCGCCCCCUCAGAGCACUGCAAAUACAGACCUACUGGGAAGCCAGGACUGAGAGAAAGAGCGGGAGAGAGACAGAGACAGAGGGAGGAGAUCAGGAACGGACAGAUUGGGGACAUACUGUUCUGUAAGGACAGUUCAACAUGUGGAUCAGGAUGACAAAAUGUAGAAGAGGGACUUGAAUGUUUUCAUUGGAGUCUGGUCCUCUCACUUCCUCCUCUGUGUUUUGUCAUGUUUGGAAUUGCUAUUUUAGAUGUAUGGAAAUCACUAUAGACGUAUCACAUAAAGAGAAACAAAAUGAUGGUCUCUUUUCCUACUGCAGUGACACUGGAAGUUGAGAAUGAAUGAGUAAUGCAGAGAUACUUCACCUCCCCUGAACUGCAGCUUCCUGGCACAAAGACUCCCUCGAGCUGAACUUUCUGGCUUCUCCUAAAUGAGAGCACACACCAUCAAAAGAGGAUGUUUAAUCUAUGUUAAAUGUACUACAAUCUGAAAAAAAAGAAGGGACACUCCAAAUAGACUGAUCCAUUCUCACAGUUGUUUUCUUUACUAGGUUUAUUAUUAUCAAUGUUGUUAUUUUUAUUUACUGUCUACCUUGUUUAAUUCCCCAGGCUAACUUUUGGCCAGGUUAAAAAUGAAAAGGUAAAGAACUACAGGUAUUUUAUAAAUUAUGGACCUUUAUUAAGACAGAUUAAUUGUAUGUUAAGGCCUGAAUACACUCAGGAGACCUGAUGAGCUAUUCCUUUGUUAUUUUAUUCAAUAGCAUACUGCAGAUUAUGCACAAGGGUCAACACUUCAGUUUGAGAAGGAUGCACGAGGUAAGCACUGAUACUGUUCAGUGUAGUAGAGUCAGUAGAUUUGUUGUACGGUUCCGGUAGAGGAGCUUGACAAUUCAUUUAUUUGUUUUUUUUUGUCUGUUUUAUACUUGAAGUUAUAGUUAACAUGGUUUCACCCCAAAAACACUACUGUACCUACACCUCAACUGGAGUAAAUUGUGGUUGUUGUUUUUUUUGGAGUGUUUGUGGGGAAUCAUGACUGCAACUUAAGCUGAUUUUGCCAAAUGUGUAUUACACAUUAAUGCAAAGUUAUGAGUACUGGUCCAUUUGUUUCUUAAUUUGGUAACCUCUGCCUCUUCCUUUUGACCUUAUGUGAUCUUUUUACAACUUCAUCGUUUUGCUCUCUUUUUUCCCCUGCUCUUCAUUCCACUCUUAAUUUACAUGACUAGUUAUAAGCUGACCCUGUUAACCUCUUACGAGAAGCAAGUUAACUGUUGACGAGAGCAGAAAUAUUGCUUAACCAAGACUUUUUCAUGGCAGAAGUCCUAAGUAGAAUCUAAACCUUAUUUUAAACAAAAUAUUAUUACAAACAAUAAUGGGAUUAAUUAGUGCAUUAUAGGACUUGAUAUUAGGAUAAAGUGUAUUACUUUACUCACACAAUCCUACUAGAACGAGUGCAAAAUCAGACAGUAUGUAAGCUUAGUGUAUUCAGGCCUUGAAAAAUGACCAGCUACCAUAUAGGUGACUUUGAAAAUAUACACUUACUGAAUGUAGCCCACAGUUCGUCAGUCUCUCACUACUUGUCUCAAUGAAAAGGUGCAAGGUUUACUGACAUGGAAUGUGGCUUGUUAGUGAAUAUUAUGAUUCACUAUUGUAGUGAUAUAAUUGUAUACCAGCAUAGUAACCUAUAUGGUAGCUCUACCUGCUGAAGUGGCCUAUGCAUGUAGGUAUAAGCAAACAAACAAGUGAUUGUGAAGGACCACUGUGGUAUAAGCAGGAAACAUGAUGGACAUACUAGUCAAAGCUGGUCAAUACCUCUUACUGCCAGAUGGUGGCAUUUCCAACAACAAAAACGUAGUUGCCUCAGCUAUUAUAAUUUAAUCUCUACAGACAUGCAUAUAUUUUUUCCCCUGUCCUCAUAACAUAUUAAAUUUGUAAGAGUUUAUGGCAGGAUAAGGAUAGUACAGAAACCAUACAUUCCUAAAGAGAUCCAAGGGGAAUUGAACCAUACUAUGUUUUAAAUUUCUCUGCUCUAUGUUCUUUUUCAAAUUUCUACUACUGUGCAAUGGUUUAUCAAACGAUGGUCAUGAAUAUUAAUAUGAUUAUAUUGUUGUUAUUAUAAGUACUUCUGCUGAAGUGGAGGAGUCAUUUGGGUUGUAUAUGAGGGGGUCAAAGUUUAAGUGUAGGGAUGAGGGUCUGCUACUGAGUGACCACCUGAUGUUAAAGCUAUAGACAAACAGAUUUAUUUGGAAUAAAGAAUACAUCAAUCAGUCUUUAAUGAUAC